AUGGACCCAGAUCUUCCAGUCCUUGAGGGCAGCCUUGAAGUACUUGAUGUCGAACUCAUCGGCAAGGGAAGAACGAUCGAGCUUGAGACGGUUGGCGAUCUCCUCACGCUCCGCAGGCUUGAGAAACUUGGCGGUUUGAGGGUAGUCGUACAUGGCGAAGUAGGCGAUGACGGCAACGAUGAAAGUCAAGAUACCCUCCAAGAUGAAGAGCCAGCGCCAUCCAUUGUAGCCACCAACACCCUUCAUCUCCAGGAUACCACGAGCCAGAAGACCACCGAAAGCACCGGCGGCGGUAGCAGCGGAGAAGAAAAUGGCCAUGCGGAAACCGCACUCGUGACGCCUGUACCACAUUGUGAUGUAGUAGGUAAUACCAGGGAAGAGACCGCCCUCGGCAAGACCCAAGCAAGAACGCACUGCCAUCAGGCCAUGGUAAUCCUUGACAAUGCCCAUAAGGGUGCAGCAAAUACCCCAGGCAAUCAUGAUGGAUGGGAUCCAGAUGGAGGGGCGGAAGCGCUUCAUGGCCAUGUUGGAGGGGACCUCAGCAAGGACGUAGAAGGGGAAGAAGAUGCCAAGCGCAUUGUUGUACUUGAGGCCGGUGAGCUUCAAGUCCUGCGUAAGGAGCUCGAGCUUGGCAUUGCCGAUAUUCGUACGGUCGAGGAAGGAUAG